AUGACCCGGCGUUGCUCUCAUUGCAGCCACAAUGGGCAUAACUCCAGGACCUGCCCCAACCGCGGGGUCAAGCUGUUCGGAGUCAGAUUGACCGACGGGUCGAUCCGGAAGAGCGCCAGCAUGGGCAAUCUCAGCCACUGCGCCGGCUCAGGCCCGGCGGGCGGAGGCAACACCCCGGGCUCGCCCGGUGAGGGCCCGGAUCACGGCGACGGCUACGCCUCCGAGGAUUUCGUUCCCGGGUCGUCUUCGAGUCGCGAGAGAAAGAAAGGUGUUCCUUGGACUGAAGAGGAGCACAGAAUGUUUCUGUUGGGUCUGCAAAAGCUCGGGAAAGGUGAUUGGCGUGGGAUUUCUCGCAACUACGUCAUUUCAAGGACACCGACACAAGUGGCGAGCCAUGCUCAGAAGUACUUCAUCAGGCAAUCUAACGUGACAAGGAGAAAACGACGCUCGAGUCUGUUUGAUAUCGUGGCAGAGGAAGCGGUUGAUGUGCCAAUCGGAUCAAGGGACUUCUUUGCUGUCAAUGAGCAACGGCCGGAAACAGAAGCAGAUGAUGCCUUGCAGCCUCCGCCGCCUGUUGUUGACGAAGAAUGUGAAUCUAUGGACUCCACCAACUCGAACGCCGGAGACUCAGCCCUGCCAAAGCCGGAUAUUUUGCAAUCGCAGCCCUCUUAUCCGAUGAUAUAUCCGGCCUACUUUUCGCCAUUCUUCCCGUAUUCGUUCCCCUUGUGGACAACUGGGUUCGGGGCGGACAACUCGACCAAGGAGAUGCAUGAAGUGCUCAAGCCCAUGGCGGUUCACUCGAAGAGCCCGAUAAACGUGGACGAACUUGUUGGCAUGUCGAAGCUUUGUCUAGGAGACUCCAUUGGUGCCACUGGUCCCUCUUCUCUAUCGGUGAAACUGCUCGAAGGAUCUAGUAGCAGACAGUCGGCUUUCCAUGCCAACCCGGCCUCCAGCACUUCAAGAAUGAACUCUAGCAUUGUGAGUUGAUUGGGAAAAAAGACAAGCGGGAACCUUUGGCUACAGGGCCGCUAUGUGAUCUACCUACCAAGUGCCAAGUUGAGCCUUGUGAGUUACUGUUAAUAGAAGGAAAAGUAAUGUGCAGUCUGGUUCUAGUAUAAUUGCCUUCAUAGGAUACCUUGAAUAACGGUUAUCGCGUCUUCGUCAUCAUUCUAUUUAGAGACAAAGAACAGUUCCUAGAUUGUAGGUUUUAGUAGUAUCUGUAGGAAAUUCAUUUGAAUCCCAUAAUCCAUCAGUCUUUUCCAAAAGCUUUUAAUGUUUUCUAA